AUGCCGGCGCACUUUUCCGAGGAUCCGCCUCAGGUCUUGAACCAGGCAGACCUCGACAUGGCCAACGAGAAGCUCGAACACGAAGACACUGCCCACGAUGAUACAUCACGCUCUAGCAAAGCCGAAACGAACAACAACGGCAUCGCCACAACCAAGAGCGAAGGCGAACAGCUGGAGAAGUUGGGCACAUACGACAAGCGCGACCUGACUGAAGACGAUUGCUACGAUGACCUGGGAUUCUCCUUUCCCACCAUGAAAAAGUGGUACAUCCUCAGUGUUAUCUUCAUUGUGCAAGUCUCCAUGAACUUCAACACCUCGCUCUACUCGAACGCGAUUCCCGGCAUCGAGGAAGAAUUUGGAGUUAGCGCACAAGCUGCACGAUGUGGUGCCAUGAUCUUCUUGGUCAUGUACGCAUUCGGUUGCGAACUGUGGGCACCAUGGUCUGAAGAGUUUGGUCGAUGGCCGGUCCUUCAGCUCUCGCUCUUCCUGGUCAACAUCUGGCAGAUCCCCGUAGCACUUGCUCCAAACUUUGCUACAAUCAUGGUCGGUCGAGCACUCGGAGGUCUCUCUUCCGCAGGAGGCUCCGUCACCUUGGGCAUGAUCGCAGACAUGUGGGAGUCCGACACCCAGCAGUAUGCGGUCGCGUUCGUCGUCUUCUCGUCUGUCGGAGGAUCCAUCCUGGGCCCCAUCGUGGGUGGUUUCAGCGAAGCGUACUUGGACUGGACAUGGUCCAUCUGGAUUCAGCUAAUCUUCGGAGGCGCUGUGCAAGCACUUCACUUCUUCACCGUACCGGAGACAAGGACUACGAGAAUGAUGAACAAGAUCGCAAAGAAGAGACGCGCCGGGGGCGAAACCAACAUCUGGGGUCCAGACGAGCUGGUUCCAUACAGCCAGCGAUUCUCAGCCAAAGAGAUCCUGGUCACAUGGAUCCGACCAUUUAAGAUGUUCUUGACUGAGCCCAUCGUUCUGGUCUUGUCCCUGCUUUCCGGAUUCUCGGAUGCCCUGAUCUUCAUGUUCAUCCAAUCCUUUUCUUUGGUUUACAAGCAGUGGAACUUCUCCACAGUUCAGAUUGGCCUGGCAUUCAUCCCCAUCGGAGUUGGAUACGUUCUUGCUUGGAUUCUGUUUAUCCCAGCCAUUCGUCGCAACAUCAAGGAGCGUGAGGCUAAGCCUGAUGACGAGAAAGCACAAUACGAGUCACGUCUUUGGUUCCUGCUCUACACAGCUCCAUGCCUACCAAUUGGCCUGAUCGGGUUCGCCUGGACGAUCCAAGGACCACCCAUCCACUGGAUCGGUUCUAUGAUCUUCGCCGCUAUAGUUGGUAUUGCCAACUACUCCAUCUACAUGGCCACUAUCGACUACAUGAUCUGUGCCUAUGGCCCAUACUCGGCAUCUGCCACUGGUGGAAAUGGCUGGGCCCGUGACUUCCUGGCCGGUGUGCUGACCGUCCCGGCAACACCAUUCUUCACCAACAUCGGAGCGAGCAGCGGCAAGAACCUGGAGUAUGCCAGCACCAUUCUGGCCUGCAUAUCCUUCGUCUUGGUCAUCGCGGUAUACGUCAUCUACUGGAAAGGACCCCAAUUACGAAAGCGCUCGCCAUUUGCUCAGCGUCUUGCCGAUCAAUCCAAGGAAGAGGGCGGUCGUAGAGCGAGCGUCGCGUCUGGCUACGCCGGUUCAAGACGUGCUAGUGCCAUCGACCGACCAGGCGUCGGCGAAAGAAGCUACAGCCAACAACAACGUUUCUUCGGCGAGACCCGUGUCACGCCAAGAGGUACACCACGCGGCACGCCUCACGCAAGCAGAGCGAACAGUGUCGUCAGACAAGGCAAAUUGGGUGCCAAACGCGGAGUCUAG